AUGCGUCUCACCACAGUUCUGCGCGCAUCCCGUGCCUCUGUGUCUCAAUUCCCCUGGCUCGGGCCGCUAAAGGUCGCGCAACUCCAGCGCAUCGCGCGCGCAACUGGGAUUCAAUCCUCCGGAACGAAAAGCGUGCUCGCGGCGCGCAUUGAGGCGGCGUUAUGUCAGCAAUUAGCUGUCUCCUCACGGGAGACGAAAAUUGAUGACUUGAGCGUGUUGAGUAUUGAUAUGGGCAUUCAGAAUCUUGCGUUUGCACAUCUGCGCGUGCCGAGGGCUGCUGUGAUGCGAACAGCAACGCGGGCGCCGUCGAGGCCGGUCCUUACGGCUUGGCAUCGAUUGAAAGUCUCUGAGAUUGGGGAGUUGGAUUUGGAUGGUACGGGUGCGAAGGUGGAUGGUAUCGAUGUAUCUGGACUCGUAUCAGAGUCAGAAGCUGGAUCUAUAUCAUCCACGCAGCCUAUCGAGACCAAGUCGGCGGCAGGCUUGAAAGAGACGUUCUCGCCAGAUUUGUACGCUGCGAUGGCAUAUACAUUGAUUACAUCCCUUCUAUCUGCAUACAAGCCUACUCAUGUAUUGAUCGAGCGCCAACGCUUCCGGUCCGGUGGCGGGAGUGCCGUACAAGAGUGGACUAUACGUGUUGGCGUGCUGGAGGGUAUGUUACAUGCGGUGCUACAUACGCUACGACACGAAAGUGGGAGUGGUCUCGCUGGUAUUGAAGUGUAUGGAAUUGAACCAAGGCGGGUGGUUCGAUAUUGGGAGGAGAUUAAUCCUGAUACCGCCCGAGAGGCCAAGGAUGGUACCAAGAAAGGCAGGGUUACUGCUCGAGAAGUCAAGAAGGCCAAGAUUGACCUCGUGGGACGGUGGUUAAGUGCUUCUCUAGAGAAUGAUGUCUCUCUAGAUGAAGCUAUUCAGGCAGAUGGGGAUAUGGCACAGGGUACCACGGUGGAUGGGAAGAUUAAUCUUGCGGCAGAUAAACCUGCAGUACAUGAUCUCGCGGGUUCGUACCUGCGGAAAUGGCGUGGCGAAGGAACGAGGAAAAAGCGAUUGUCUGCCACAGACCCAAGUAGUGCAAUCAGCAAGCUAGAUGAUCUUGCGGAUUCUCUGCUGCAAGGCAUCACUUGGGUGGAAUGGCAGGCUAUGCGAGAGAAGCUUGCCCGGGAAGGGCUAGAAGCAUUUGAAUGA